AUGUCCCGCCUCAUCCUCCUCCUCUUCACCCUCUUCGCCCUCUCCCUCGCGGCGCCCCCACAACCCUGGUACGAAAAAUACCAGCAGCGCCGCGUGAUGGUCCCGCAGUCCUACUACGAAGGCCUCUCCCUGCGCCGGCAAAAACCCAUCAGCCCCAACUCAGUGCGCGACGUCGUCUGCCUCGACACCUCCACCCGCUUCGUCCUCUACGACGAAUACGCCGCCUCCCUCGCCAUCUGCGGUUCCAUCGCGGGGCCCCUGGCCACGCGGUGCGGCGGCGCCCCCGCCGAGACGGUCGGGCGGUCGGGCAAGGCCGUGUUCACGCUGGAGGCGACGGAGCGCAAGCAGGGGGCCACCAUCAACGUGUCCAAGGACCGGUGGGCGCGCUGCGUGGCGGCGGCGCGCGAGGCGUGUCCGCAGGGGAGUUUUGAGGGCGUUUGUGUGGGGGCGGCGACGAGGGGGGAUGUGAGGUUUCGGUUGGGGAGUGUUUGA